AUGACGUUAGGGUUUGUUAUACUCGAUGUUUAUUUGGAUGAUAUAAAUUUCGUUGGGACUCCAGAAGAGGUCCAAAUGGUAAUUGAAUAUCUAAAAAAAGAGUUCAAAAUGAAAGAUCUUAGAAAGACAAAACUUUGUCUUGAUCCAUUUCGACCUCUGGAAGAGGAUGAAGAGAUUCUUGGUCCCGAAAUACCAUAUCUAUGUGCUAUUGGUGCACUUAUAUACCUCGCUAAUGCUAGAAGGCUGGAUAUAACAUUUUUUGUUAAUUUGAUAGCGAGGUAUAGUUCUUCUCCUAUGCGAAGACACUGGAACGGCGUUAAGCAUAUAUUAAGGUACCUAAAAGGGACUAUUGAUAUAGGUCUGUUUUAUGCUAACAAAGUUAGUCCAGAUUUUGUUGGUCAUGCAGAUGCAGGUUAUUUAUCUAACCCACAUAAAGCACAAUCUCAAACAGGCUAUGUGUUUACAUACGGAGAUACUGCAAUAUCAUGGCGAUCGACGAAGCAGUCCAUUGUUGCUACUUCUUCUAAUCAUGCUGAGAUAAUAUCGAUCCAUAAAAAGAAUGGUGAUAUUGAUGUGCAGCAGAUCCGCUCCAGUGACAAUCUAGCAGAUUUGUUUACAAAAUUUUUACCAAUUGCAACCUUCGAGUAG